AAAGCCCAUAGCACUGGCGACAUCUCCGGCAUAAAUGCAAGGAGGAUUUAUAGCUGAUAUAGGAUCUUGUGGAACUGGAUUUGAUUCUGCAAGCGGUUCGGUACGAACGAAGAAAUUUCGAACAAAAGGAUCAGAACUCGCUGAUAGGAAAGGAGAGAAAAACAAAGCAAUGCCAAGAGCUCCGUCAAUCUGCUGUUCAUCGAUAGACGAAGCUCUCUCUUUUUCAUCUCGUGCCAGAUGUAACAAAAGAUUAGUCCUUUUUCCUUCUCGCGAACCACGGGAGCGCCCAACGCCCAGAAGAGCAAAGCUCAUUUUCAAAACAGGUCUGUGGGGAAAUCAGAAUUCACCAUUGAAUCCUGUGGAUCAGCUCCCUUACAUAAUAAUAUUUCACUGUAUCAACUACGAGGGGAAAAUCUGA